UCGGAUUCUCACCGCAAGUCGUGUGGCCCCCGGUGCGUGUGACGGGAGCGCGCCCCUCCCGCUGGGCCUCGGUUUCCUCGCAUCGCCCGAGCGGAGCCUGACCCCCUCGGGCCACCCCAGGCCCUGGCGCACUGCCGGCCUGGGAGGGCGGUCGUCUCAGCCAUCCGGGCGGGACGAAGGGACCUCUGGGAUCCCCACCGCCCCCCGGCCCCGGUGCAGGAUCGACCUCGCGGCUUCCAGAGCCCCCAGCGCAGGCCGAGAUGUUCGUCCUGGUGGAGAUGGUGGACACCGUGCGGACCCCCCCGUGGCAGUUUGAGAGGAAGCUCAACGACUCCAUCGCCGAGGAGCUGAACAAGAAGUUGGCCAACAAGGUUGUCUACAACGUGGGACUCUGCAUCUGUCUGUUUGACAUCACCAAGCUGGAGGAUGCCUAUGUGUUCCCGGGGGAUGGCGCGUCACACACCAAAGUGCAUUUUCGCUAUGUGGUGUUCCACCCGUUCCUGGACGAGAUUCUGAUCGGAAAGAUCAAAGGCUGCAGCCCGGAGGGAGUGCACGGUGAGCCUGGCGAGCCCUGCGCACUCAUGGGACACGCAGCCGGCCUGGGGGGCACCCUUGCCAUUCUUGGUCCAUGUGGCCGGGGCGGGGUCAGAUGGAGACACAGAAUCUUCCUCUUGGUGUCAGAGCAGCCUCCUUGUUCUCUCGUGCCAAGCCGAGGGUACACUCAGCUCCCCUGUGAGUUCUCACUUUCACAUAGCAGUGUCUCUGGGGUUCUUCGAUGAUAUUCUCAUCCCCCCAGAGUCCCUGCAGCAGCCAGCCAAGUUGUAUCCUCCCAAGGUCAAGUGAGUCAGGAGCUCAGACCUCUCUAAGGAAGCUCCCGACUCUGUGGGGAGCCCUGGGUGCCGGGAGCUGAUGCCCAUGGCCUCUGGGUCACUCCUCCAGUCUGCACUUCGGCCCUGGAGGUGCUGCCUUGCCCAUGUGUCCCACACUGUGAUGUCACGUGUCCAUCUCUGUUGGCAUGUCAAGGCCACGCUUGGUUGUGCAGGUUGUGCCCCGUGCAGCCUUGGGGCUGUGUGGCCACGGGGUGGGGGGGGGGCACCGCUCACUUCCAUUACUUUCUUUGGGCUGCUCCAUCCCCCUCUCCCUCCUUCCUGGCCCACAGGAAUCACCUCCAAGAUCUCCAAGGUCACUUUUCUGGGAGGUUGGCCCUGAUUCACCCCUCCCUGCUAUCCUGGGCUCCCCACUAUCCCUGCCCCCACCCCCAGCUUGCUGCACGGGGUCCUGUUCUGUGGGUCUGUCCACUCAUCUGAGACUCCUCAGCGGGAGGGACCCUAUCUUGUCGCCCAAGGAGAGGCAGGACCCCUGGCAGGAGGGGCGUGUGGAUGGGCUCUGCUGAGGGAGGUGGAGGGAGGGGGCCCCGCAGGCACCUCGGGGCUGUGGCCUGGCUAGGGGGGAUGGGGGCCCUGGGGUGAGUGUGCUCACCUCCCACCCUUCCUCACUGAAAGCUGGGAGAGCCUUGCACUGCUUGCCCUGUGGGCUCACCCCGAGGCAUAGAUGAGAGAGUGAUGUGAAAUCGCACCCUGCUGAAACUGCACCCAGCUGGAACUUAAUGUAGCUGUGCGUUUGAGGCCUGGCUACGUGCUGGGGCCACUGGGAGCAUUUUCUUUGUCUGUGCUUUUAUUUAAUCCUCACAACUGUGAGGGGGGCUCUUGCUACUAUCCCUCCUUGGCAGAUGGGCCUUGUCCCAGGGCACACAGCUGGUGGGUGGGGGAGCUGCGGUCUGGGCCCAGGCCCCAGGGCCAUGGUCACUCCCAUCCGGGAGCUCUGAGGCCGCAUGAGGGCCGGCCCAGCCUCGGCCGGGGGUCUGUGCCAGGAGCUGGGCCCCAUUUUGCUCGGGGAGGGUGCAGGGGCGAGCCCCACCCUCAGGGCUCUCCAGGGCCUUGUUGUUGCCUUGAUCCUGGGACCCCCAGCGACGAGGCCGAGCAGGUGUGGGUGUGGGAGUACGAGACAGAGGAAGGCGCGCACGACCUGUACAUGGACACUGGCGAGGACGUCCGCUUCCGGGUGGUGGAUGAGAGCUUUGUGGACACAUCGCCCACGGGGCCCAG